AUGGCCGAGCGACGGCGACUGGUCGCAAACGCCCGCAGCGGCUGCUUCGGUGCCGACGCUCCAGAGGACACCGCCGUCGCCGCUCCCGGCAACGCAGGUUGUGGCGUGAACACUUGGAUCAUGUCGCGUGCGCCGGCCGCUGCGCUGCUGUUGCUCCUCCUGCGCGCAGCCUUCGGGGCGGCGGAGGAGCUCGCGGGCGACGAGGCGCCUCCCGCUGCGCCGGGCCCGACGCUGCUGCGCAAGUGCUGCGGCGCGCGCGAGCAGCUGAGCGCGGCGAUGGACGCGUGCGUGGCGUACGAGGGCGCGGUGGGCGAGACGCAGGCGGCGUGGGAGGGCGCGGGGGCGGUGCGGCGCCGCGCGGGCGACGGCUUCCCCUGGUGGCUCCACGCCGCCACGCCCCUCUACGACGCACAGACCGGCAACGCCACCGCCCGCCCGCUGCUGCGCGCGCAGCCGCCAGACGCCGUGCUGCGCUACGGCCCCGACCCGCCCUGCGCGCGCAGCGCCUACAAGUACUUCACGUGGAACAGCUUCUCGCGCUACCGCCUGCUCAGCAACGGCACCCUUCUGCUGCGCACGGACGACCUCCCCUCGACCGCCACUCCCAACCUCCCGCUGCCGCCAGACCUCUACUGCGUUGAUCGCAUUGACAUGGCGGGCGACAUGCACGUCUUUUACACGUGCCCCUGCAACAAGACCGUCUGCGUCAACAAGUGCUGUCCCUUGAAACAAGAGCUGUCCGUCAGCGUCUUCCGGAAGCAUAACAGCUUCAACUGCGUUUCGUCGACUGAGAGAUGGAAGCCAAAGUUCCUCUCUUCAAAUGACAGCAACGACACAGUGAAUGUUCAACAUGUUGUGCUGCAUCCUGUCAUACCGUCGUGCACUGACGACGAAGAGAAGGUGCUGCUCAACUCCCGGCCGGGCGACGCGCCGUCGGCGCUGCGCGUGCUGGCCAACGGCAGCGCCGUGCUGGAGGGCUUCGGGCGCGGGCGCGCCUUCGCGGCGCAGCGCUGGUGCGGCGACUUCUCGGGCGUCGGCGGCAACGCGUCGCGCGCGCCCAACGCGCUGGCGUGCCUGCGCAAGAGCGCGCGGCCGCUGGAGGCCGGCACCGUGUACGGCAGCCUGUUCCUCGUGGGCGCCUUCUUCCUGGCGCUGACGCUGCUGGUGUACGCGCUGCUGCCCGAGAUGCGGCGCUCGGCGCACGCCAAGGCGCUGCUCUGCCACGUGGCGGCGCUGCUCGCCGGGUCGCUGGCGCUCGCCUGGGGACAGCUGCGCACCAUCCGCACGAAGGGCGAGUGCUACUUCAUCGGUUUCUUUAUCGAGUACUGGAUGCUGGCAACAUUCUUUUGGCUAACUGCAGUGUGCAUUGAAAUAGCAAGGACUUUCAGCGAAAUGCUGCCCGCGAACAUGCGGGGCGCGUCGGAGCAGAGCAAGUUCCUGUGGUAUUCGCUGUACGCGUGGGGCGGCCCCGCCGUCAUCACGACCGUCGCCAUCGCGCUGGAGUUCGCAGAGGGCCUGCCCGACCACGUCGUGCGCCCGGACCUCGGCAAGACCAGCUGCUUCUUGGGCUCGCUGGAGGCGCAGUUCGCCUACUUCUACGGGCCCGUGACGGUGCUGCUGGCGGUGAACCUGGCGCUGUUCGCCUACACCACGGUGCAGCUGCGCGACGUGCUGCGCCGCGUGCACAAGCGGCUGCGCGGCUGGCGGCGCACGGACACGCGCACCUACGCGGAGGGCCCCAGCGGCGAGCGCGCGCGCCGCGGCACCGCCUCCACCCUCGUCGCCUCCGGCACCGUCCGGCGCAGCAGCGGCGACGCGCCCUCCGCGGCCACCUCCUCCUCCUCCACCGGCGACGCCGCGCGGCGCUCGAACGCGCAAUUGUGUAAAAAUAUUUUUGUUCAUCGGCAGAUGAACGAAAAUAUGGGUGCAUGUUUGAGGUUUUAA